AGAAAAUGGAAGCGGAGAAGUUUCUAAAACCGGUGCUUCAGAAACCACCUGGCUAUCGUGAGCCUCACGCGCCUCCUGAAACCCCAAACACAUCCAAACUUCUUAGCCGCCCCCCUAAGCAUAUGAUUCCGCCGUCUUUUUACCCGGAGAAGAAGAGACGAUGGAGUCGUUGCCGCAUCUUCUGCUGCAGCUGUUUCAUCACCGUCGCCGUCGUCAUCCUCCUCCUGAUCCUCACCGUCUCCGUCUUCUUCCUCAUCUAUAGCCCGAGACUCCCCGUCGUUCGCCUCGCCUCCUUCCGCGUCACCGACUUCAACUUCUCCGGCGGGAAAGCCGACGAUGGAUUUUCACAGCUGACGGCGAAGACCUCGGCGAGGCUCGAGUUCAGAAAUCCCAAUGGAAAACUACGUUACUAUUACGGUGAUGCUGACGUGGCGGUGAGCGUAGGAGACGGCGAUUUCGAGACAAGUCUAGGGUCAACGAAAGUCAAAGGGUUUGUGCAGAAGCCAGGGAAUCGGACGGUUGUGAUCGUACCGACUAACGUGAAGAGACAACAGGUGGAUGAUCUGACGGUUAAGAGGCUUCGAGUUGACAUGAAGAGUAAAAAGUUGGUUGUGAAGGUGACGGUUAAGACGAAGGUAGGAUUGGCUGUGGGAAGGCGUAAGAUUGUUACGGUGGGGACUAGUCUCAGUUGCGGUGGCGUUACAUUACAGACGCUUGAUAAACAGAUGGCCAAAUGCACCAUUACAAUGCUUAAAUGGUACGUACGUGCUACUUACUACCUUUGA